AUGCCUCUCGGGAUCCACAACCCCCUACCGUCGUCUUUGAGCAGUGAAUGCAAGAAGGCGGCAAAGAUCUUGACCUCUUUCGUGGAUCCAAAGCAGGCUUUCGGUCCAGACAAAGUCAUUCCACCGGAUGUUCUGGCCGGUGCAAAGGGCUUGGCGAUUUUGACGGUUCUGAAAGCCGGAUUCAUUGGCUCUGGUCGCUUCGGUUCGGGCAUCGUUGUCGCUCGCCUUGCUGAUGGCUCCUGGUCGGCUCCUUCCGCUAUUAUCACCGCUGGCGCGGGUGUUGGUGGCCAAAUCGGGUUCGAACUGACUGACUUUGUCUUCAUCCUAAACGACGCCUCGGCUGUCCGCGCAUUUUCUCAAUUCGGCACACUUACACUGGGUGGUAAUGUCUCGCUCGCUGCGGGACCAGUCGGUCGAAAUGCAGAAGCCGCUGGUGCAGCCAGCACAAAGGGCGUCGCAGCUGUCUUCUCCUACUCAAAGACCAAGGGACUUUUCGCCGGUGUCAGUCUGGAGGGUAGUAUGCUAGUGGAACGUAAGGAUGCCAACGAGAAGAUGUAUCAAAGCCGAGUCUCGGCCAGCCAGCUUCUCACUGGUACCGUUCGGCCACCACCAUCUACCGACGCCCUCAUGCGCGUUCUCGAUUCACGUAUCUUCCAAGGCAAUGUCCGGGCGCAGGGCGAUGCGAUGUACAACGACGUGCCGGUCUACGACGAUAGUCAUGACGAUGUGGUCUGGGAGGGCCGAAGAGGCUCGGCCUAUGGCCAAGGUGCGCGACGGGAACGAUCGAACACCCAGGAUAACUAUGAAUAUCGUGAUAGUCCGCGACGCACAAACACAUGGGCAGACGACACCUAUGAUCGGCCAGCAGGGGGUCUAGGUCGCUCGGCAACAACACGCGCUCCUCCUCCCGAUACUUAUGACAACUACGGACGCAGCAGGAGCAAUACUUAUGACAACGACGACUAUUCCUACUCGGACCGCCGGCCGACCCGGCCUAGUGCACCCAAGCCGGUCUUUGGGCAAAAGACGGGUGCAGGUGCGGGACUGCGGCAGGAUCAGGUGGUCGCACUUUACACAUUUGACGCGGACCAGGAAGGUGACUUGGGAUUCAAGAAAGGUGAAAUCAUCACAAUUAUCAAGCGAACAGAGAAAGCAGAGGAUUGGUGGACCGGUCGCAUCGGCGAUCGCGUCGGUAUUUUCCCUAGCAACUACGUUGAUACCUCCUAA